AUGAAUUGGACUGAAGAACACGAAUUGCUUAUGUUGAGGGAACUGAUUCUUUUGCAGCCAUGGCUGCACAAGAAAGGAACUAGUGAGAGAGGAGAUGAUUGGGAAAAGCUGGCAGUAUCCUUAAAUGCUAUUCCUUAUCCCCAAUUCCGUGUUACUCAACGGUCUGUUCGUGACCACUAUUCAACAAUGGAAAAGAGAAGAAGGAAAAAAGUCAGGGAAGAAGACAGAGCCUCAGGUAUUGCCCCUGAAGAGGACAAGGAACUAGAUCAACUGUUAGAUGAAACCAUUGAACUCUUCGAUGAGUCUGACAAAAUCACAGAUCAAACAAAACAAAAGCAGGAAGAAGAAGCAAAGAAAGCAGAGGAAAUGCGGAAGAGAUCAUUGGAAACGUUUAAAGAUAGCGCCAAAAGGAAUGCCGAUGAACAUCAAGGAGCAAGACCGAAAAAGGGUAGAUCAGAGCUAGUGGUGCAAGCACUCUGGCUUACCUGA